GGUUUUAAGCGCUCUUUUUUUUUUUUUGAGUUUUUUCUUCUUUUUUCUUGUUCGUCAUAUUUUUUAUAUAUCCUCCACCCACACAACCUUCCUUUUUAUAAAAUACAAACUAUGAAGCUUCUUGCCUGUAUUUCCCUUUGUGCACUUGUCAUUGCAUCCCUUAUCAACGUCGCCAAGGCCUUUGAAAUUCAAGGUCGUGGUAUGGCCACCCUCAUGAACUUUGAUAACUCCACCAUCAGCGAAGAUUCUUUAGAAAAGCGUAAACAACGUGGUACUUGGUACUCCGGUAACGACUUGAAGAACGCUGCCUGUUACGAUCGUAACGGUCUCCCUGCCUACUCUGCCUCUAUCAACAGUAUGAUUGGUGCUAUGGCCAUGAAGAAGUUCGAAAACUGUUAUAAAUGCAUGAAGAUCACCAACAAAAAGAACAAGAAGACAGUUACUGUCAAGAUUGUUGAUAAGUGUGCUGGUUGUAUCGUGAACAAGGCUAUUGAUUUAACUCCUGCUGCCUUCAAGAAGCUUGCUAACCUUAACGAUGGUGUCAUUGACAUCACCUGGAAGGCUGUUACUUGUCCCAAGUCUCAAAAGCCCUCUUACGGUCCCAAGAAGAAGUAAAUCAUUCCCACCGCCUCCCUCUCCUUCUCACUCUUCCCUCUAAAUACAUUUUUUUUUUUUAAUCUUUACUCACUUUGUAUUAAAACAAGACACAAAAGAAAAACUCUCUCUCUCUCUCUCUCUUAUCCUAAUUGUACUUUUUAAAUCAUAGACGAAAAAAAAAACAAAAAGAAUUCCCCUACCCUCGUCUAUAUUUUUUUUUUUUUACUUUUUUUCAAUAUACAUACACUUUUUUUAAAAAAAAUUAACGCAAUACAAAAAAUUAACUUCGUUACAUGUAUAAACAAAAGAGUGUU